UGUUCCUUAUUUCCUGUCCAACGUGCAUGGAAAUGACUCGCGUGUACGAAUGUCUCAUCUCUCCUUUGUCAGGUGAUUUAAAGGCUUUGGACCGGAAUUCUCAUUUAGAACAACGGCAAGAAACUGAGCCGUUUAACUAGCUCGGUAUCUGGAAAACUGCUCCGUUUGGGGGAGAGAGAUGUCAUGAGGAAGUAACAUUGCAGUCUGCCCUGUUAACUUCAUGGGAAAAGAGGUUAAGAGGAAACUUUUAAAAGAAAAUAGAGUUUUUCCAGACUGAAGCUGAGGACUUGGCAAGAAAACACAAAAUGUCUCCUGAAUCAAAAAAACUUUUCAACAUAAUUAUUUUGGGAGUCUCAUUUAUGUUUAUAUUCACUGCUUUCCAAACAUGUGGAAAUAUUGCGCAAACUGUUAUCACAAAUUUAAACAACACAGAUUUUCAUGGCAGUGGCUACACAAGCAUGUCCAUUAUUUAUGGAGUAUUCUCUGCAUCAAAUCUUAUAUCACCUUCAGUGGUUGCGAUAGUAGGACCUCAACUCUCCAUGGUGGUUAGUGGCAUAUUUUAUAGCCUAUACAUUGCCAUUUUUAUCCAACCUGCUACAUGGGCUUUCUACACUGCUUCUGUUUUUAUUGGCAUUGCAGCUGCUGUACUCUGGACGGCACAGGGAAAUUGCUUGACUGUAAAUUCUGAUGAAAACACCAUUGGAAGGAACAGUGGAGUAUUUUGGGCACUCUUACAGUCCAGCUUGUUUUUUGGAAACCUCUAUAUAUACUUCGCUUGGCAAGGAAAAACUCACAUAUCAGAGAGCGAUCGCAGAACUGUCUUCAUUGCUCUGACUGUUAUCAGUCUUGUGGGCACAGUUCUGUUCUUUCUGAUUAGGAAACAAGAGGACACGAAAACUCCAGGGGAGGAAGAUUCUACUAAUGAAAUCCUGGGGGACAGCUCGUCUGCACAAAACAAAAUGACGAGAGCAGUGGCUGCCUUCAAGAAAUCUAUAAAGCUGAGCUUCACCAAAGAGAUUAUGCUUCUCAGUGUUACAACAGCCUACACAGGUUUGGAAUUAACGUUCUUUUCUGGAGUAUAUGGAACAUGUAUUGGUGCUGUGAAUAGGUUUGGCAGUGAGGAGAAAAGCCUUAUUGGUCUUUCUGGUAUUUUUAUUGGUGUUGGAGAAAUUUUAGGUGGAGGAAUCUUCGGUUUAUUGAGCAAGAAUAAUCGCUUUGGCAGGAACCCUGUUGUGAUGCUAGGCAUCGUUGUCCAUUUCAUAGCCUUUUACUUAAUUUUUUUCAACAUGCCAAAUGAUGCCCCUAUUGCUCCUAUGGAAGGAACAGAUGAUGUUGCUUAUAUGAUUCCAAGCAAAGAGGUGGCCAUAUUCUGCAGCUUUCUGCUGGGCCUGGGGGACAGCUGCUUCAACACCCAGCUCCUCAGCAUUUUAGGAUUCCUGUAUUCAGAAGACAGCGCUCCUGCCUUUGCCAUCUUUAAGUUUGUUCAGUCCAUCUGUGCUGCAGUUGCAUAUUUCUACAGCAACUACUUCCUUCUGCAGUGGCAACUCCUGAUCAUGGUGGUCGUGGGCUUCUUUGGAACAAUUACCUUCUUUACAGUGGAGUGGGAAGCAGCAGCAGCUCUUGUUGCCCGUGGCUCGGACUACAGCAGCAUUUGAUCUAGAUACCACGCCUAGUCCAACAUCAGGAAAAACACAGGCACACUUCUUGUGAAGUGAUGUGAGAAGGUGAAAAGAUCAAGUUGCUGCAGAGGCUAAGAUGGAGGAAGCUACUACUAAAUCACCCUCAGUCUAACUGAAUGUGAAACACGGGAGGAAAAAAUGCCAAAUUUGAAAGGCUUUUUGCUUGCUUUAAUCAACUGAGCAUGGUACUCGUGUUCUUAAAAAUCCGGUAUUAGAAAUGGAAGGAAAUGUAGAGAUCUAUGUACUGAACAAGUCUGUUCUGAGAUGUACGUUUCAGAAUGUAAUUGCCUAAUUUCACUUUACCAUGCACUACAGAAUUACAGUUUUGGCUUUUUUCCCCUAAACUAUUUUUUCCUAUAUUCUAGUUCUGCAGACACUUGAAUUCUUGUAUUGAAUGAGUGAUAUUUUUAUAAGGUACAUUAUAUCGCAGAAUGCAUCUGCACCACUGAGAAAUCAGCUUAUGUCAAUGACUUCUUCAACAAUUAGAUAUGCAGAAGU